UUAAAAACUGAUUCAAAGAUGAGGGGACCCCGGAUUUGCAGAGCCGGAGCUGGUCGGAGACCUGAGGAUUCGAAGAAUUUGUUCUUCUUCUGAUAUUUCUAUGGUUUUUCUGGUUCGUGGAUUUGGGGAUUCCGUUUUCUUUGUUCAGGAGUACAAUGGAACGGUGAAACCCUAAUUCCGGAGUGUGAGAACAAGGUAGUAAUUCUUCUCUGUGUACGUUUGAAGAUGGCCAUGAAGGAAGGCACACGCAAUAGUGAUGGUACAGAGAGUAAUCAGCCUACUCAUUUGGUGAAAAGUGAAGUGCAGAAUACUUGUUGUAUCAGCAUUGGUGUUAUGGGUGAUUCUGCUCAUGUAAGGUCCGGAAAUAGUAAAGUGGUAGUGACAUACAAGCGCAGGAAACAUGGGAUUUCGAGCACCAAGGGUAAAUUUCCAGAAAAUGGGAGAAUUUCUGUGCAAGAUGCUAGUCAUUCACUAAGCCGGGAAUCCAUGGCUUGUGACUUUGGUGGCCAAAGGUACCAUUUAGAAGAAAGACCAAUUCCUACAGGAGCUCAUUUUACUGAAAAACUCCCGGAGGUUGUCAGUGCAAAUAGACCCUCAAAUGAAUUGGUGUGUCCUACUGCAACUGUGCGCUGUCAACGUGUUCUUUCUGAUGUUGCAGCUUCAGAGGAGUUUGCAUCACUAAGUAAGUUGCUUACCAGAGAUCUUCAAGGAAUCAGGGUUGAAAGCCUUCUGUCCACGAGUUUGAUAGCCAGCAGGAUGAAAGAGGGAUUUUAUGAACAUUCACCUAUGCUUUUUUCAACCGAUAUUCAAGAGGUGUGGAAGAAAUUGCAGUCUGUUGGAAAUGAAAUGUCUUCUCUUGCUAAUAGGCUCUCAGAGGUUUCGAGGACCUCCUAUACUGAACAGUUCCAUUCUAGGGCAACAGAGUCUUGUCGUAAAACACAGAACUUUGGAAGUGAUGGGAUCUUCGACAUUUGCAAGCUAUGUGGAGAAAAGGCAGUGGUGAAAGACUGUUUAGCAUGUGAUCAUUGCGAAGAUAUGUACCAUGUCUCGUGUGUGCAGCCUGCUGGAAAGGAGAUACCGAAGAAGAGUUGGUAUUGUCUAAACUGCACAACUAAAGGAAUAGGAUCACCUCAUGAGAACUGUGUAGCAUGUGAAAGGUUGAAAACUCAAAAGUUAAAGAUGGACAAAGGCGGGAUUGAUAUCAGUAAUGAAGAUUCAAAUGAAUUCAAAGAGAAUUCAAGUGGUAGUGACAUGGAUGAAUACCAUGGGCUUCAUCGUUCAGAAGGGAAAACGGAUUCUGAAGUCUGCCGGAUAUGUGGAACCGAGGUGGAGAAUGGUGGUAGGUUUGUCAUGUGUGAUCAUCCCUACUGCCCAUACAAAUACUACCACAUCAGGUGCCUAACAUCGAGGCAGAUAAAAUUACAUGGUUUCCGUUGGUAUUGCCCAUCUUGUUUAUGCAGACAUUGCCUUACCGACAGAGAUGAUGAUGAGAUUGUUCUGUGUGACGGAUGUGACGAUGCAUAUCACAUCUAUUGCAUGAAACCUCCACUUACAUCAGUUCCGAAAGGGAAGUGGUUCUGCACGGAUUGUGAAGCGGCAGUACAGAAAGUUAGCAAAGUGAGGAAGGUGUUUGAAAAGAUUGGUAAUUUGCCGAAACAGAAAAACGGGGAAGCGGGGAGAAAAGCUGGGAAUCUCGAGAGAAAACUGAGAGAGACGGGUAAUAAAGAGUUGGAUAUAGGCGAAGGAGGAAUGGACAUGCUUCUUAACGCAGCUAACACUCUGAAAGACCGGGAACGAACCUCGAAAGAUUGAGAAAAUCUUCACUCUUUAUAACCCUCUGGAUUUAUUCACAACACAUCUUACACUCUUUACAACCUUUGGCUCGGUUUUGAAAGAAAUGUUGAUUUUUGCAAAACGUUUCAGGAUAUGGCAGGACUUCCAUUGGAGAAAAUUUGGCUAACUGAAAGGUAACGGUAACGGUAAACCGAAAACCGAUUCUUCAUGUUAAAACUGUAAUUGUGAUUUCUGUUCAUUGUCUACUAUGGUAGAAGGUUGCUCAGAUUUUAGGGUAUUAUUAACAAUCUGAAAUUGAUGCUUUGAUUACAAUAGCGAGGAAGAAGCAGCAAAAACAUUUACUUCAUUGGUUUUAUCUGUGAGUUUGCCACUCUUUGUGGAACCUUUGCUAUCGGAUGUUUUUACAUCCUUGUCGGUUCUCUGAAA